AUGGAUCGCAGAGGCAGAGGCUCAAACCAGCGUCGUCACCCCAGACGUGACAACCGCCGCGAUGCCUCCAACAAUGACUCCCCUCGGUCGGGAGGCCAGCAGCACCAGCAGCAGCACCAGCAGCAACAACCUCGCGCUCCAGCUGCUCCCCAAACCACUACGCCUCCCCUCACCGAGCCUGUCCCCCAGGACACCCCGAGGUUCGCCGAUAUGGUCGGCGUCCACCCGUCUAUUAUCCAGGCCAUCACCGAGGACCUCAAGUUCGAUCAUAUGAUGCCUGUCCAGGCCGCUACGCUCGAAGAGCUGCUCCCCCCCAAGCGCAGCGACUGCCUCGUCCAAGCCAAGACAGGUACUGGCAAGACCAUUGCCUUCCUGCUCCCCGCUAUUCAGACCCUCCUCACCCAAAACCGUGGUCGCAACGGCGGCAUCUCUCUGCUGGUCAUCUCGCCCACCCGGGAGCUGGCCAUGCAGAUCGCCAAAGAAGCUGAAGGUCUCCUCCAGCGCCUCCCGCAGUAUCGCGUCUGCAUCGCUAUUGGAGGAACCAACAAGGACCGCGAGGAGAAGCAGAUCCUCUCGGGCUGUGAUAUCCUUAUUGCCACCCCCGGCCGUCUUAUCGACCAUUUGGCCAACGAGUAUAUCAAAGAAUCCUUCCACAGCCUCGACACCCUCGUCCUCGAUGAGGCGGACCGCCUGCUGGACAUGGGCUUCAUGCCCGCGCUGAAGGAUAUUGUCCGAGCUCUUCCCGACAAGUCCAAGACGAACCGCCAAGGCAUGCUCUUCUCCGCCACCAUUGCCUCGCACGUCGAGCAGGUCGCCCAUAUCGUGCUUUCCCCCGGCUACAAGUUCAUCUCGACCAUCCCGGCAGGCGAAGCCAACACUCACGAGCGUGUGCCCCAGCAUCUCAUCAAGGUUCCUACCUUCGCCGCCGUAGCGCCUGCCAUGGUCGGUGCCAUCCGCGAGGAAGCAGCCUUUGUAGGACCCGAGACCUUCAAGGCGAUCGUUUUCGCCCCCACGGCCGCCCUGGCCGACUUCUACGGCGACGUGCUCGCCAACGUCCCCGGCUUGCCUCAAGCGUCCGUCCUUCACUCCCGCAUCUCUCAGAGCAAGCGUACGAAGAUCACCAAUGACUACCGCGACGCCAAGACUGGCAUUCUUGUUGCCACAGACGUCAUUGCUCGUGGCAUGGAUUUCCCCGGCGUCACAACCGUUUUCCAGGUCGGCAUCCCCGCCGACAAGGAGUCAUACAUCCACCGUCUCGGUCGUACAGCUCGCGCGGGCGCUGAGGGACGUGGAAUCUUCAUCGUCACGGAUAUCGAGGACUUCUUCCCCCGCUGGACUCUCAAGGAGAUCAGCUUCGAGCAACGUCCCGCCGAUCUUUCUUCCGCGGAACAAGUGUACAACAUUGCCGAGCAGCGCAUCGACGAGGCUCAAAAGGCAAAGAUUUACCAGGCCUGGCUGGGCUAUUACAAGAACUGGAUGAAGCCUCUGAAGUGGGAGAAGGAGCAGCUUGUCGCCGAGGGCAACAUCUUCGCCCGCGACGCCCUCAGAUGCCCCGAAACGCCGCCCAUUCAGAAGAGCACCGUUGGCAAGAUGGGUCUGCGUGGCACCAGGGGCUUGGUAAUUGUGCCUGAUGCGCCCAAGGCCCGUCACGGACGUGGCGGCGGCGGCGGCGGCGGUGGAGAGGGACGCAGCGCGGGAGCCGGUGGCCGCGGAGGCCGUGGUGGUGGUGGCGGAGGAAGACGUGGUGGCAGAAACUAA